CACAGCUAAGCCCCGGGCUCGCCUCCCACUGCGCGCCGCCGCCUCGCCACGCCCCAGCCCAGCCAUGGCGUUCGCCGCGCGGAGGAACAUCGCCACCCGACUCUCCCACCACCUCACCCGCCGCGUCCAUCCCUGCGUCCCCCACGCCCUCACCUCCCACUCCUCCGACGAGCAGGCGAGCUCGUCGAAGCCGCUCCCGAUCCCGCUUCCACCGCUCCACACCCCGCUCCAGCACCGUUCUGGAGCGGCCCAAACCGUAGGCUUCCUCCCUUUCUCGCUCCACCUCGCGGGGCCGACCCGCCGCAGCUUCUCCUCCUCAGCCCCCGCCCCCGCCCCCGCCCCCGACAUCGAGACCGCCCCAGCCGCCGAGGUCGAUGCCGCCGGCGUCCUUGCAGAUGCAGCGGAGGCGGCGGCGUCGGUGCCGGCGCCGUUCCCGGGGGAGGUGGCUGCCGCGGCUGCCGACUCGUUCCUCCCCGUCGCCGCACUUCAGCACUUCAUUGACGCCAUCCAUACCUUUACCGGGCUGAACUGGUGGGCGUGCAUUGUGUUGACAACUUUGAUUAUCCGGACCGCGACAGUCCCGAUGCUUGUGAGCCAAUUGAAGGCCAUGACGAAGUUAAAUGCAAUAAAGCCAGAGAUGGAAGCCAUUAAAGAUCAGACGGAUACCAUGGAUCUAAAAUCAGCAGAGGAGGGAAAAGCUAAAAUGCAGGCACUAUUCAAGAAGCAUGGUGUUAGUCCAUUUGCUCCAAUGAAAGGACUUCUGAUCCAAGGGCCAAUAUUCAUGAGUUUUUUCUUCGCUAUAUCAAACAUGGUUGAGAAGGUCCCUUCAUUGAAAGGAGGUGGAACAUUGUGGUUUACUGAUCUGACGACGCCAGAUUCUCUUUACCUCCUUCCUGUGCUAACGGGACUGACCGCAUUGGCUACAGUGGAGUUUAACUUGCAACAAGGAAUGGAGGGAAGUCCUAUGACCGGUAAAAUGAAGAACGUUGCUAGAGGAAUGGCUUUUAUGGCAGUCCCAUUUACAAUGAAUUUUGCCAAGGGAAUUUUCUGUUACUGGAUCACAUCAAACAUAUUCUCCCUUGCAUACGGUGUUGUUAUCCGACGGCCAGCUGUGAAGAAGUUGUUCAAUCUUCCUGAUUUGCCAGCGCAGCCCUCGCCAGCAACACAAAUGCCAACCUUCAAUUUUUUCGGCGGAUCACGUGCAGCAGAGUCACCAGUAGCAAUAGCAGGAGCCCAGCGAUCUCCUCUGGAACAGCCUGAUGCUGCUGCUCUUGGAUAUAAGGUCAAAAAUCUUGAAAAGAAAGUGAAAUCCAGGGGCAAAAGGAAACACAGGUGAAUCGUGGGCAUAUGUGCACCAGAUAUGGUUCCAAAGGUCAGAUUUUGCAUUAGGAGGCUUUCUUUCUUCGUCGCUUGAGGCUGUUGUUGUUUUCAUUUUUGGGUUGAAAUAAGCCAGAGUAAUUUUGACACACAGAGUUGAACAUACACAGGUGUAUUCCAGUAAUUUAUGAUAGGUGGCAUUGUUGCUCAUCUCCCAAGGGUGAGAAGACUAUAUAUGUUAAUUCAGGGACAAGCAGUACCAAAAAACCCUAGAGGCUCCAUUUGACAAUGGUAGCAACUGGCUAGUAGCUAGUCUCAACUCUCAAGUGACACUAUUUCAUUGUAUCCACAUGCAAUAUGGUUCUAGAUAUUUUUACCUUUUAUGGUUAGUACAACAUCUUGCAA